GUCGAGAUUAGUGCGGGCACUCUCGGUAGAAUUGGGAAGGACUUUGGUGGUAAAAUUAUGGAGUUGACCAGAGUGAAAAGCAGCGUUCUGGUGCGGUGGAGUGAGAGACUCAAUUGACGAAGCUGGUCUGCCGCAUCUCUAGGCUUUGGUGUCGUCUUUUGCCGAGGGUGGGAAAGCACUAGCUGUGACCUAGUACAUAGCUUCCUCCUCGGAAUCGAAACAUGUUUCUCUCUUGAAGCCUUCCUGUCCUCGCCAUCCUAGCUACGGCUGGUGCUGUGCAGACUCCUCGAGCACGCAUCGAAACAGUUGUCGGGAGGGAACCACUCGUGGUUUCGAAGGUUGGCAUAGGUCUCUUUUGUGUUAAGAUAAGCUUCGCACUCCUCAGUGUUCGGCGAUCUAGUUCUGAAUUGUCUGCGAUUCGGGGACUUCAGUUUCUCAUCGCAUUAUUAGAAGUGUUGAUUUACGUUUCAGAAGGUGUUUGCGAUGGCUCGCAUUCUUCGAGCCUCGUGUAUUUUUGCUUUGGUUUGUGUUAUCGCGAUAUCCCUCAGUGUUAAUCAGGUCGACGCUCUUGAUUACAACUACUACCGGAAGUCGUGUCCGCAAGCGGAGAGCAUCAUUUUCAGGGAGGUUCAGAGAUAUUUCAAGAAGGAUCCGACUGUUGCACCAGGACUGCUCCGCUUGAUAUUCCAUGAUUGCUUUGUUCGAGGUUGCGACGCAUCUGUUCUGUUGAGUGGAAGAAGAUCUGAAAGGGCGUCCGCAAUAAACGCCAGAUUGCACGGGUUCCAAGUUAUUGACGCCGCGAAACAUUAUCUUGAGGACGCAUGUCCCAGAACAGUGUCCUGUGCGGAUAUCUUGGCUUACGCCUCCCGAGACGCAGUGGUCCUCACUGGCGGUAAGGGCUGGAGAGUUAUCGCAGGGCGGCGAGAUGGGAGAAUCUCCAAUAAGAUAGAGCCCGAGCAAAAUAUUCCUACAGCUUUUGCCAGUGUUAAUGAACUGGUUUCUACAUUCGCACAGCAGGGAUUGAACACGGAAGAUAUGGUAGUUUUAUCUGGUGCCCAUACAAUCGGAGUCACCCACUGCAACCAUAUAAGCGACAGGAUAUACAACCCGGUCGAUAAGACCAUGCCCAAGGAUCUCCUUAAGUCACUGCAGAAAUCAUGUCCGAAGGCGUCUUCUCCCACUUCUCUUGUCAUGGAUCGUAAAAGUGUACACAAGUUCGACACCGAGUAUUUUAGGAAUAUCAGAGCUGGCUACGGUCUGAUGACUUCUGAUCAAGGUCUCUACCGCGAGGACUUCACCCGCCCCAUCGUGGACGCAAAUCUGAACCAGCGCGCUUUCGUGAACAGGUUUGCGGAGGCCAUGUUCAAGCUCCAAUUCAUUCAGCCCUUGGAAGCACCUGACGGAGAAAUCCGUAGACGGUGCCAGUGUAGGAACUAGUUCAGAAAUGAGGUCAAGUGUGUUUUUGAAGAUCAUUCUUAACAGAUAAAUAAGGUCCACGGAUUUGAACAGGGCUUGCAUUCGCACAUACUUCCAGCACUUCAUUAAACAAUGAGGAGCGAGAAGAACCCUUUUCUGGAUUCUAUCUGUGAAUACGUCCUAGAAGCGUCGUGAUUUAAGAUUGUAUAGUCUCGGAGGAUAUCGAGUAUACGUUGUCUUUUUAAUGAUGGAAUGAAGACGACGUAUACUCCGUUUCUCAGCAGCAUUCUUUCAUUUAUCAUGUAACCAAAUUGGUUCUCUAACAAAAUUAUUUCCUCAGUUUGGGGUACAUUUCCGCCAA